GAAUUAUUUCUCAGUUUAUGAAAUAACGACAUAAAUAAAUAAAAAUUUGUUUUCCUCGUACAAUAUUUUUUGAACUAAUGUGUUUAUGUGGCUGAUGUGGACUAAUAAAACAUUUAUUUUCUUAUGAUUUAUUAAUUGAGUCAAAAUUAGGUGCGUGUCCAAUAUAUUUUUUGAUAGGUACUAUUUCAAAUAUGUAUUUAUAUUUAUAAUUUUAGUUAUUAAUUAAUCAUAAUUGACGAAUUGCUAUAUUUUUUUUGGCGGUUGUAGAAAUGUAAUGUACACAUAUGCCCUUCUUAUAUCCCCAAUAAGGUCGGUAUACACACCACUGCAUUUUUCUUUUUCUUUUUGAAGAUUGUGCGAUAACUAACCUUAAACAAAAUCUAGAGCAGGUUAAGUCUUAAACUUCUUUCAAAGGCACCAUAAAUCAUUAAAAAAUGUUUUAAUAUAUAGGGUGUUCAGUAAGUAAGGAAAAGGGUUUCUAUUGUUCUCAUUGUUAAUAACAAUUGACCUGUUUUAUUAUUUUUAAAUGACUUGUAUAAUAUUUUUGAAGUAUAAAAAUUAAUUUUGACCUUUAAAAAAUUCAUUUCACAUUACGCCCACAAAGUUACCAUAAAAAUUCUGCUCGUAUUAAGUGUAUAUAUUGUAAAAUAUUAACUACAAUAUAGUUAUAUAUUGAUAAGGUGGUAUGACGCGCAAUAAACUACAAGCAAAUAGUUUAAGAAGACUCAUUAAGUAAUAUCAUUAAUUAUAGGUGUAAUUUAAAAUUGCUCGGAAAAGGAGCAUGAAACAUUUACAUUAAAAACUUUAGGUAUGAUAAAUAUUUUUAAAAGAGCUCAGCCUAUCCCAGUCACUCCUAUUUGAACCUGUACUUUCAUUAAUAAUAAUUUUGUUAUUAUAUACAGUGAUACCAUCUCUCAACAAAAGCUGCGGACAAAACUUCUUUUAAGAGAAGGUUUCCGUCUAAUAAAGGUUAAUAAAAAAACUCAGGACUACAGAAUUUUUCUGUUUAAAUAGGAUUUUUGUCUAAUAGUAGAACUGUUUAAAGGAGGUGUUUCAUUGUAUUACUAUAAUUAUUUUAAAAUGCCUUUUCGAAACAUUAAAAAUGUAUGCUCCAUUAUGUCUUGUUUUUUCAAAUUCACGUGUCUUAUCGGUCAUUUAAGAAAAUAAUUUUUACAAAAUGAGACCACUAGAUUAUUUGGCUAACGGGUAUGAUUUACAAUAAUUAUACUGUUGUUAAAGAAAAUUUAUAUAAAUAGCUCAAAUAUGAAUAUAAUUAAUUUCGAUGAAAUAUAAUAAUUAAAAAAUGGCGCGAUGAAAAAUUGUUAAAACCUAUUCAUCGAUGAAUCAUUGGCAACGAUGGUUUAAGUCACUAAUUGAAUUUUUUAUAUAAAAGUAAUAUAGUACUCAUUAGCUUUGUUAUGAAAUGGUUGCUAUCUGAAUUUAGUUAAUAGUUCGAUGGUUUAAGUUUUUGAAUAAUUUUUCACAAUGUACGAGUGCUUUUGGAUGUUUUUGAACAUAGUCUAAUAUUUAAUUUAUUUCAAUUAUUCGAUUUCUGUAUAAGCAUUUUUGUAAGUGAUUUUGUAUUUUUACAUUGAUUAAAAAUUCAAUAUGAUUUCUGAAUAUAAAAUAUUAUGGAUCUACAUUGAUAAUUACUUUGUUACAUUAGUCAUACUUAUCAUUACAGUUCUAAUACUACGACGUUACGGCAGUCAACAUAUUUUCAGGAAGUUUUUUAACCGACAGAAAAUUAAAUUUGAUGGACUUGUAAAUUUGAAUGAGGACAAAACUUGCACUGAAUUGGAUUUAAGUAUACCUGCUGGUACAAAUAGCAAAGAUAAAGGAAAAACGACUAAAGAUUGUGGCGAGUCACUCAAAAUAUCUGAUGAAGAAGAUUCGAGUUAUGAGUGUUGUGAUUAUAUUCAAAACUCAAAUUGUUCAAGUUCCAAGUUUAGUGAUUCAUUACCAAGCACUGUCAGCGAAAAAAAUUCAAUACAGGAUAAAUUCAUUGAAGAAAUAAAUAAUGAUUCACUAAUAGACUUGAGUAUACCUGAAAGUAAAAGUAGCGACGAAGUAAAAACGUCGGAAGAUUUUGACGAGUCUCUCAAAAUGUUAAAUAAAGAAGAAUCGGAUUACGAGUGCUGUGAUUGUAUUCAAAACUCAAGUUGUUUAAUUUCACAGUUAAGUGAUUCAUUACCAAGUUCUAUUCACAGCGGAGAAAAUUCAAUAGAGUUUGUUGAAGAUUUCAGUGAUAUAAGCUUUCCGGUAGUUGAUCAUUUAAAUGAAGCAUUUAUUGAAGAUUAAACAUUCAAUAUUUCGUAUAAAAUAUAUUGUGCAUAUCUAUCUAACAUGUUAUCAUUGAGUAAAAAUAAAAUUUUAUUUUUGAA